AUGGCCGAGCAGCAGGGCCGGGAGCCUGAGUGCCCUGUCUGCUGGAACCCCUUCAACAACACGUUCCACACCCCCAAAGUGCUGGACUGUUGUCACUCCUUCUGCGUGGAAUGCCUGGCCCACCUCAGCCUGGUGACUCCAGCCCGGCGCCGGUUGCUCUGCCCCCUCUGUCGCCAGCCCACGGUGCUGGCCUCUGGGCAGCCUGUCACGGACUUGCCCACGGAUACUGCCGUGCUCACCCUGCUUCGCCUGGAGCCCCACCAUGUCAUCCUGGAAGGCCACCAGCUCUGUCUCAAGGACCAGCCUAAGAGCCGCUACUUCCUGCGCCAGCCCCGGGUUUACACACUGGACCUAGGCCCUGAGCCCGGGGGCCAAACUGGGCCCCCCCAGGACGCAGGCCCUUCCCCCAGGUCUCUGCCCAUUCCCGUCCCCAGCCACUACUCUCUGAGGGAGUGUUUCCGCAACCCUCAGUUCCGGAUCUUUGCUUACCUGAUGGCGGUCAUCCUCAGCGUCACCCUGUUGCUCAUCUUCUCCGUCUUUUGGACUAAGCAGUUCCUUUGGGGUGUGGGAUGA